CUGAUGUCAAAAAAUCUUUUUUCUCCAGCAGAAAAGAAUCCGUAAUUCUUCAAAUUGCAACGAAAUGUAACAAUUCCUUUGAAAUCGGAAGUACAAGUGAUCGGUAAAGUGGUGACAUUUUGUGAACUAUUUCUAGAAAGCGAUAUUUUACGGUAGCGUUGUUGGAAAAGGAAGAAAAUCUCUUGUGUAGUUUAUCCGUUCCAGAUACGGUGACAAGUUACACCAAGAGGGAAUCCAUUUCAUCGGCUACCUACAAAAGAGCAGUGCAAAGAAAUUUGCACUGCAUAGAAAACCAGAAAUGGAAUCCGUAGGCUGCCGGAUGUUUACCGGUUCGGUGUUUCUCUUGUUGUUAUGCGGCGGUCUAACGAAUGGUUUCUACCUUCCGGGACUGGCUCCGGUCAACUAUUGCCGGCAUUCUGAAAUGCAGAAAUCAUGCAAGUCUGAAGUUACCCUCUACGUAAACCGACUUAACACAGAGGAAUCAGUCAUUCCGUAUGAGUUCCACCAUUUCGAUUUUUGUCCGAUCGAUGAAGCCAAUUCGCCGGUGGAGAACCUCGGCCAGGUGGUGUUUGGAGAGCGCAUUCGUCCCGGACCGUACAAAAUCGAAUUUCUCGACAAGAAAUCAUGUGAAAAGGUCUGCACAAAGUACUAUGUGGGCGGCGAUCCGGACAGCGAUCGCCGACUGAUGAUUCUGAAGAAGGGCAUGAGUUUGAACUAUCAGCACCAUUGGAUCGUAGACAACAUGCCAGUAACAUGGUGCUAUCCGCUGGACAAUGAUCGGCAAUAUUGUAGCACAGGUUUCCCGAUGGGAUGCCUCGUUAGACGCCACCCAGAUGGCGAUGAAGGUUGUUUAGUUAACCCAAGCUACAACCGCGCCGGGUACUACUAUCCGUUUAACCACGUAGAUCUGACAGUCACCUAUCACAGUGGAGCUACAGAAGAGUGGGGCGUUGCGUUCAAGCAGAACGGAGGUCGUAUCAUCUCAGUUAAGGUUGUUCCUUCAUCGAUCAAUCAUAAAAAUCCAGAUCAACUAGAUUGUACCAGCAAGGAACCGCUGGAAAUUGCGUCCGGCGCUUUGCCAAAUGGUCAAAAGAUGAACAUCACCUACACCUACUCGGUUCGUUUUGUGCAAAACAACACGAUCAAAUGGUCCUCCCGGUGGGAUUACAUUCUAGAAUCAAUGCCUCACACUAACAUCCAAUGGUUUAGCAUCUUAAACUCGCUCGUAAUAGUCCUGUUUUUGUCCGGCAUGGUGGCGAUGAUCAUGCUAAGAACACUGCACAAAGAUAUCGCUCGUUACAAUCAGAUGGAUUGCGGUGAGGAUGCUCAGGAAGAAUUUGGCUGGAAGCUUGUUCAUGGUGAUGUGUUUCGACCUCCGCGUAAAGGAAUGUUGCUGUCCGUUCUUCUGGGCUCCGGCGUUCAGGUUUUCUGUAUGACACUGGUAACACUGGCCUUUGCCUGUCUGGGCUUCCUUUCGCCGGCUAAUCGAGGAGCUUUGAUGACGUGUGCCAUGGUACUGUUUGUAUUGCUUGGAACUCCAGCCGGAUAUGUAUCGGCACGCAUAUAUAAGAGCUUCGGUGGAAUCAAAUGGAAGAGCAACGUGCUGUUGACUUCGAUGUUGAGCCCUGGGAUCGUGUUUGGACUUUUCUUCGUAAUGAAUCUUAUAUUAUGGAGUAAAGGUAGUUCGGGUGCUGUCCCAUUCUCUACAUUAGUGGCACUGCUAGCCCUGUGGUUUGGUGUUUCUGUACCGCUAACGUUUGUUGGUGCCUAUUUUGGGUUCAGAAAAAGGUCACUUGAGCACCCAGUACGCACCAACCAAAUUCCGCGCCAAAUUCCAGAUCAAUCAAUCUACACUCAGCCGAUACCGGGCAUCAUUAUGGGCGGCGUACUUCCGUUCGGUUGUAUUUUCAUUCAGCUAUUCUUCAUUUUGAACUCGCUGUGGUCUAGCCAGAUGUAUUACAUGUUCGGCUUUCUGUUUUUGGUAUUCGUGAUUUUGGUCAUCACCUGUUCGGAGACAACGAUCCUGCUGUGCUAUUUCCACCUGUGUGCCGAAGAUUAUCACUGGUGGUGGCGAUCGUUCCUGACGUCUGGAUUCACAGCGGUUUACCUGUUCAUAUACUGUUGUCAUUAUUUUGCAACCAAACUUCAGAUCGAAGAUGCAGCCUCUACUUUCCUGUAUUUCGGCUACACCUUGAUUAUGGUAUUUCUCUUUUUCCUGCUGACUGGAUCGAUAGGAUUCUUCGCGUGCUUCUGGUUCAUUCGGAAGAUUUACAGUGUGGUGAAGGUGGAUUAAGUUGUCCCAUUCAAACGUCCUGUUUCCUUCAUUCACUAUUUUGAAAUAAUGCAAACUUGUCUGCUAGUAUAGGCUUAUUGUGUUUAAAAUACGACGAAAUUAAAAGUGAAUAGAUAAAGUAACACAAAACCAGGCUUGGCACACUCUUUUUUCCUUGAUUUUCCUUCUUUGACUAACAUACUUCUGCUAAGCAGAAUUAAAAUAAAAGGUUCGAAUUCUGCUUGGCUAAGGCGGUACAGUCGACAAGAGCACAGUCGAAAACAAAAGAACGCACCAAGCCUGACACAAAACUUAAAAGAAUGAUUUUAAAUAAGAUUCUAACUACAGUAGGUCGCUUCACGCUUGAUUGGGAUAUGUUUCCCGCAUUUUAGUUGGAAGAUAGAAUGAACCAGAUUUGAAUGUUCGCAUUCGAUAUGACAAAGUCAUGGGUAAGCAGCAGCAGAGGAGAAUUGACAAAAUCGGUCAAGCGCAUAGCAAAAAGGUGUAGAUUAUAUAUUUAGCAUCAAAAGUCAGAUAUCUUUUUUACGUUUAUUGAAUCAACGUUAUAGAAAUACUGUCAACGGCAUGCAUCAAACUAGUAAACUUAGUGCUCUAUCAUUUUCUGUUUUUUCCGUAACUAUGUAUCAUAUUAUAUUUGUAUUUGUAUUUGGAUGAAUAACGAUGUAUAAAAGGUAGUAUUAUAUUGAACUGCGAUAACACAUUCUAGCAGCAUCUACUGAUCAAUUCGAGAAUGUCAUUUAUGGAGAAAUAAAAUUGCACAAGAUUGACGAUCCGUUCACUUCAUUAGGGCUAUAAAUUUUUUUCGUUCUCGAUAAAAUCGCAUCGACGGCAUGAAAAACGUCGCACCAUUUGAGAUAUAUUUUUUUAAAAUAUAUUUUAAAAGCGUAUCGAUCGAUAAUAUUGUAGCUCUUUUUUUCUUUAAUACAAAUUAGUUAUAUGUAAAUUGAAUGGUUCAGUGAGCAGAGCAUGAUCAGUGCUAGAACCAAUGCAAACCAAUAAAUUAACAUUAACUUAUAAAAUAA